GCGGAUGUACGGAUGAUUCAGUGGCUGGCAGGAAGCCCGCCCUGCCCGCCCGCCAGUGUCAGUGGUGUUGGCAUCAGCUCGGGCAGGUGUGCGGGCUCAGGAUGGGACGGCCGCGGUGAGGAGCCCUGGACUCUCAGCAUCACAGGAGGCAACACCAGGAGCCGACAUGAGCUCAGGGACUGAACUGCUGUGGCCCGGAGCAGCGCUGCUGGUGCUGUUGGGUGUGGCAGCCAGCUUGUGUGUGCGCUGCUCACGCCCAGGUGCAAAGCGGUCAGAGAAAAUCUACCAGCAGAGAAGUUUGCGUGAGGACCAACAGAGCUUCACAGGGUCCUGGACCUACGCCUUGGUCGGACAGGCAUGGCCAGGACCCCUGGAGGACACAGCACCCACAAGGAAGGACAAGCUGUUGCAAUUCUCCCCAGGCCUGGAGGAUCCAGCAUCUUGCAGGUACCAGAACUUCAGCAAAGGAAGCAGACACGGGUCGGAGGAAGGUUACAUAGACCCCAUUGCCAUGGAGUAUUACAACUGGGGGCGGUUCCGGAAGCCCCCGGAAGAUGAUGCCAAUUCCUAUGAGAAUGUGCUUAUUUGCAAGCAGAAAACCACAGAGCCAGUUGCCCAGCAGGACGGCACAGGUGGCCUCUGCAGAGGGGACCACAUCCCGUCGCUGGCCCUGAAGACUGGCCCCACUUCUGGUGUCUGUCCCUCGGCCUCCCCGGAAGAAGAUGAGGAAUCCGAGGAUUAUCAGAACUCAGCAUCCAUCCAUCAGUGGCGCGAGUCCAGGAGGGUCAUGGGGCAACUCCAGAGACAAGCUUCUCCUGGCCCGGUGGGAAGCCCAGACGAGGAAGAGGACGGGGAACCGGAUUACGUGAACGGGGAGGUGGCGGCCACAGAAGCCUAGGGCAGACCAAGAAGAAAGGAGUCAAGGCGAAGAGGGACUACUGUGCUCAUGGACCUGUCGCUGCUUUCCAAGGACCCUUUCCCAGAGCUACUCAACUUUUCAGCCCCUGCCAUGGUUGCUCCUGGAAGGAGAACCAGCCACCCUGAGGACCACAUGGCCAGGCGCGCACAGCCCGGGAAAGGACAGCUACCCACAGGAGCUGCAGCCCUGCCACCAAGCCCUCUCCCAACCCGGGCUUUGUGGGGCAGGCACCUGGUACCGAGGGUAACCCGGCUCCUGGUAUGGAUGGAUGCGUAGGAUUUAGGAUAAGCUGUCGCCCUGUCCCCAUACCAAAACCAUUGUCCAACACUGGUAUCUGUCCUUUUGUGCUAUGAAUUUGGAUUCCUAAUUGCUCUUGUUGGUUGCCGGGGUCUUAAAGGAUUGAUAAGCUUCUCCAGUUAACUUAUAGAGGGGGAGCCAUAUUUAAUAUUCUGGAUUUCAGAGUAGAGAUUUCUGUGUUGUCUCCCAGAAAGCAUUACAUGUAGUUAAUUUCAGCAUCCUGGUUGGGCGGGGCCCUGGCUCUCUUCCCCUUUAGUGGGACCUCCCCUUUCUUUGGGCUUCAGUUCACUAAGGAAGAAAUAAGGCUGUCGCCAUCUUUAUGUGCUUUCAGUGGAAAUGUCAUUUGUUAUGGACAAUAGUGCGUGAGAGUUUAGAGAAGUAGUGACCAGAACAGGGCGGAGUAGGUCUCCUCCAUGGCCCAGAAUCCUCCUCUGCUCCAGGGCUGGCCUCUGCAGAGCUGAUUAGACAGUAAUAUGACUGUCUCAUGGGAAGAGCUGGGGCCCAGAGGGACCUUCUGAGUCAGAAAUGCUGCCAGAAAAAGUAUCUCCUCCAACCGAAACAUCUCAAUAAAACCAUUUUAGUUGAAAAGCA